UCACCUGCUCCCGCGUUGUUGCCUCCUCAGUGACCGUGUGUCUGGAAACCGGCAACAAACACCUGCACUCUGUGAGAUUUACAGUCUUGGAUUGUAACUUCAGAAGAAAGUGUUACAAAUAUCGGAGUUUACCGGUAAUCCUGGUUGUCUGCAGGCUGCGAUGGCUGGCUGACUCUACAUUGCGCUGAAUUGUCGAAGUUUUGUCACCAGAGCAUCCCGUUCGGAAAACAGCACUGUGAGUUCAUUUGAGUGGUGGAUGCCUGAAAUCAUGAGUGUCCUGGGACCUCAGUCGAGGCAAACCAAUGGAGUGGCCAGAUCCGACAGCAAGAUCAGCGCAAAGGCCCUCUACGAGCAAAGGAAAAAAUACUCCAACUCCAACUAUAUCAUGCAUGAGACGUCGCAGUAUCAUGUUGAGCAUCUAUCCACGUUCAUUAUGGACAAGACAGAGUCCAUCACCACGGUGGAUGAUGCCAUCAAGAAACUGGUCCUUCUGGACUCCAAAGACAAAAUCUGGACCCAGGAGAUGCUCCUGCAGGUCACCGACAAGGCAGUCAGACUCCUGGACUGUGACACACAGGAGGAGUUGGAGAACUUUCCUCUCCCCACCAUCCAAAUGAGCCAGCCGGUCCUGAAUCAGACACGUUACCCCUCUGUGCUGCUAAUUGUGUGUCAGGACAAUGAGCAGCACAAGCCAGACAUCCACUUUUUCCACUGUGACGAGGUGGAGGCUGAGAUGGUUCAUGCGGACAUAGACAGUGCCGUUGGAGACAACAGACAUGGGAAGAAAAUGAGGCUUCAGACACUGAAGGUGAACCAGGAGAAAAUGAAGCGUCACAGAGAAACCAUCCUCCCCCCCUCCUCCCCUCAGGGCCCCACACCUGCUGCAACGGGAAGGGUCGCAGCCACCAGCACACAUGACAGACGAGCUUCACAAAAUGACUCCGAGUCACAUGAAAAGCUGGCUCAGCACAUUGAAAAAGAUGUGCAAAUCCUCAACUGUGCACUGGAUGACAUUGAGCUCUUUGUGGCGCGGCUGCAAAAGGCAGCACAGGCUUUUUCUCAACUCAACCAUCGCAACAAGAGUAAGAAGAAUAAGAAGAAAGGACCAGCAGAGGGCAUGCUGACCCUGCGCGCCAAGCCCCCCUCUGAAGCAGAGUUCGUUGAUAGUUUGCAGAAACUGAAGCUGGCCUUCAACCUCUUGGCCAAACUGAAGAAACACAUACAGAACCCCAGUGCAUCUGAGCUGAUUCAUUUCCUCUUCGGUCCCCUGGAGCUGGUGCUGCAGAGCUGUGGAAGUCCUGAACUGGUGCGUUCGAUCAUUUCCCCUCACCUUUCCAAAGACGCUGUGGACUUCCUGCGAGGACACCUCACCCCCAAAGAGAUGACCAUCUUUGAGCUGCUGGGGGAUGGAUGGACCAAACCUAGAGCAGAGUGGCCGAGGGAUCAGUGCGCUCCUCCUUAUUACCCAAAGUUUCGUAAUGGCUGGGAGCCAGCGUCAGAGCUCUUCAGGACAGCCCCAUGGGAAACAGAGGGACCCAUGGCUCAUCCGGGCCCACCCACCAGCCCAGAUUACAGAAAACACUCAACUGAAGAUUAUUAUGGAACUCAUUCUUCAAACUCAUCCAAUGGAUCUUAUAAUGGGAUGCCCCAGAGUCGCAAAUAUGCCAAAAUCCGCUACCACUUCGUAGCAAGGAACGCCAACGAGCUGUCAGUGCUGCAGGAUGAAAUCCUGGAGGUGAUAGAGGAUGACAAACAGUGGUGGAAACUACGAAAUCGCAGCGGCCAAGCCGGCUAUGUCCCUUUUAACAUCCUUGACGUUGUGAAGAUAGAGGAGCCGGAUGCCGUGUUCAGCCAGCAAGGCUACAGGACGUCGCCUCCUGGUACCCUGAACCAUAGAGACAGCUUCAACAAGGGACGAGGCAAAGACAAAAUGAUGGAUGAAGUCAACAGCGAGUUAUUGAUGAAGAUCACUGCUAAUAAACAGCCGCAAGCCAGGAAGUUCCGUGUGGAGCGACCAUCAGGCAGCCAAGUACCGCUCACCUUUGACUCAACCCCGGAGCAGGUGACCACAUGGCUCAAAAUGAAGGAUUUCUCCAAACCUACUGUUGAGUGUUUGGGGAUCCUGACCGGAGCUCAGCUGUUCUCUCUCAACAAAGAAGAGCUGAAGGCCGUGUGUGGAGAGGAAGGAAGCCGUGUGUACUGUCAGGCCACCGUGCAGAAAGCACAACUGGAGAAGUCCAGUGGAGACUCUGAGCUGCAGGAGAUCAUGAAGCGGAGGCAGGAGAGGAUCAGCUCUGGAGGCACAGACUGAUGGAGUGUGACAAACCCUCGUUCUUCCUCUCAGCUCUAACUGCAGCAGCUCCCUCAAUCAGUCGACGGUUAAUGAUGACCUCCGAAAUGUUGUAUACAUUUUUAGUUGUAUAUUUAUUUUGUAUCAAUCAAUGUGUAUGUACAAGUGUUUUAUGAUGUAAUUAUAGUUGCUUUUGUUCUCUAUCCUCGUGAAAUUCUGUCGUAUGAAAUGAUGUCCAUAUGCAUAAUGUACAGUAUUUGUGUGUGUGUGUGAAUGUGUGGAUGUAAUGGACGUACCAAUAUGUACAAGAACAGUCCAUGGUUAUGCUUAUUGUCUAUAUUGCAGCUAUCUACUGAAUGAUUUGUAGAUCUUUUCUUUUUCAAUUUAAAUAUGUGCCAGAAUUUGUGACACAUUUUCUGCUAUAUAGCCAAUAAUGUUCAUAUUACUGUGUACAGUUAAAACACAAAAUAGAGCACGCUCUAUAGUGAUUCUACAGAACAAGUUGUUGCUUAUAUUCAGGAUUUGGGCGAGCUUGCAGCACACAGACAAUGUCAUAAUCCUUCAUGAAGUUAUUGUCAAUAUUAGUGAGGUACUAUCAGUAAUGUGUUCUUAAGCAGCAUGAUAUGUUAUGUGUAAACUACACUCUCACACACACGCACACACACGCACACACACACAAGUAAUAACAAGCAAAUGAGAGUGUGUUGUUCAUGUACGAAUACUUAAAUGAAAGUUUUGACAAAUAUUUGUGGGGGGGUUGUAAAUAUCAUGGGGCACACAUUAAAAAAGUUAAAAAAAACAA